AUGGGGAAAAUCAAGCCUUCAGAUUCUGAGAAUGCGGCUGGCGCCAAGAAGUUUUUUGAAAACACCUUCCUCAAAAAAACCUACUACUAUCAAGAUAAAGUCAAUUACACGGGCAAAUUUGUUUACGAUAGGGUUGAAGGUACCAAGAUCAAAUGGAAAGAUCAUCAUCCCCAGCACCCCCCACUUUUCACUGGCAAAGCUCUCCUGUUUCACGACAAGGAAGAUGAAGAAGGUGAAUGA